ACUGCACUACUGCACCUCUGCCUUUAUCCAGCUCUCCACACAUGGGGAACAUUCAGGGCUUCGGGUAUACAUCCUCCUGCAACACACACACACACACACAGGCAAACACACACUCUCACACAUUGCAAACCUCUGCCAAGUACCUCCUAGAAGCCCCUGACACAAUCCGCUGUAUUAUGUAAAUUACUGUUGGUUCGCUGCUCGUGGAUCUCUGUUUUUUCCCGCACUUUCAUUUUCAUUGUUUUCCCCUUGCAUUGUUGCCUUUCUCCUUUCCUCACAUCAGCCAGAUUUACUACUUCUUCUUCUUCACCUUUCUCAUGCACCCACUACAUGGCGUUGGCAGUGAAGGCUCUGAGCUCUGAGGCAAUGCCAAGUUCAGGUUUUAGUGUUUGUAAUUGCAGGCCUCAGCAAUGACCACUGCCACCACAAAUAGACAUUUCUCCUCUUAAAGAUAACUAAUUAUCAUCAACAGUGUUUGGUGUUGUAACUUUCUCCAGAGCAAUAAACAGAGGCAGUAAAUGUGAUCCUGAACUCAAGCCAUGGCUUUAGCUUUUAGGCAUAGCAUUUAACACCGUAGAUUUAACACAAUUCUCUGCUAGCUGUUGCUUCUGUGCUUUAGUUUAAUAUGUAUUUUUGUCUUGUCUCUGUCCAUACAUAGCCCACAUGCUUGUUACAGACAAUGGUUUCACAGGGUCAGGCAUUUCAGUGUAUGGGUCAGUUCAGCGCUGUUAGCUUUAGGCACUUCCGUCCGGGGCCCCAACUGUAUUAUCUGCAUGUGUGUAUAUGCAGGCGUGUCUGUAUGUCUGUGUGUCUGUGUGUGUGUACGUGUGUGUGUUGUGUCCAUGUCUUUGUGCAUGCAUGUGUACUUUCUGUCCUUGUCCAUCAGCAUUUGUGUCCCCUGAUUAUGACAGUUAUGAUAUGUCAACAGAUGACAUACGCCCCAAAGAAAAUGUUCUCCUCUCGGCUCCAGCUGCUCUUCGCCGUGGCUGUUCCUCCUAGUCCCCCCCCCCCCCCCCGAAAAUAAGAUGCAAACCUUUCCAGUGGUUUCUUUCUCUUUACCUCCCGUUAAAUGUCUCUCGUGGAUUUCACUCUUUCUCUCUCAUCUGUCUCAGAUACACUGCCUCUUUUGGCCUUGGUUUGCUAUGGGGGGGCGACAGAGGGGUUAAGUUUGUUUGAUUUAGGAUGUCCCGCACUGCUACCCCCCGCCCUUGGCCCUACAGGGGGAUUAUGGCGUCACCUGGGGCCCCUGGGGGGGUAUUAUAAAGCCCCUGACUGGCCCUCUCCCCUCCGUCAGAGAGGCUAAAAGGUCCAACGGACACUCUGUCUAUCCCCGUCUCUACUUUAGAAAUACCCCUGUAGCAUUGAUGCCCACCUCCUCUUGACAACUCAUCCCACCUGAGAUCUCCACCAACACUCCCACAUUAUCUUACACCUAUGUCUUUGCGACAGGUGGACAGAGGUGGCAAGCGAACGCAGCUGAGUUGACUUUAACAACCCAGUUCACGGCUUGGUAAAGACUCGAGUGGAUUCGUCUGUUGACGUUCUGAAAUUCUGUUUUGUCUUUGAACAGACUCUCUAAGUGUUUUUGGUCAGCUGAGUUAGCUGACAACAAAAGGAAGAUCCUUUUUUUGUUAUUUUUGGCAUUUGAAGAGGACUGAAAAGGUACACAUUUACCUUUUCUAGACUCAUCCUGAUUUAAUAUUUUCUUCAUCUGGUGGAGAGCCUCAAGUGAACAGUCACCAUGUGGGAGUUCCGGUCCAUGAAUUUUUGGCGGGCAGUCUUCGCAGAGUUCUUUGGGACCAUGUUCUUCGUAUUUUUCGGCAUGGGCGCUGCCUUGCGCUGGACCACCGGGCCUCACCAUGUCCUUCAUGUGGCCCUGUGCUUCGGGCUGGCAGCUGCCACCCUCAUCCAGUCCAUUGGCCACAUCAGUGGCGGCCACAUCAACCCUGCCGUCACAUUUGCCUACCUUGUUGGCUCUCAGAUGUCUCUUUUCCGUGCCAUUUUCUACAUGGUCGCCCAGUGCCUGGGUGCUGUAGCUGGGGCCGCUGUGCUGUAUGGGGUCACACCCGGUAACAUGAGAGGCAACAUGGCGAUGAACACGCUGCAGCCUGGCAUCAGCCUGGGAAUGGCCACCACUGUGGAGGUUUUCCUCACCAUGCAGCUUGUGGUGUGCAUCUUUGCUGUGACCGAUGAGAGGAGAAACGGACGUCUGGGAUCUGCUGCCCUCUCUAUCGGCUUCUCUGUCACCAUUGGACAUCUCAUGGGGAUGUACUACACCGGUGCUGGAAUGAACCCCGCUCGGUCCUUUGCCCCUGCUGUGCUCUUCAGGAACUUCAUCAACCACUGGGUGUACUGGGUUGGGCCUAUGAUAGGAGGUGCCAUGGGCGCCCUCCUGUAUGAUUUCAUGCUGUUCCCACGCAUGAGAGGUCUGUCUGAGCGCCUGGCCACACUGAAGGGCAGUCGGCCCCCCGAGAGCGAGACCCAGCAGGACACCCGCGGGGAGCCCAUUGAGCUCAAGACGCAAGCCCUAUAAACCGGCCCCUGCCCCCUUCUCCAAUUGGGGCUGAGGGAUGAGGGACAAGGCCCUGAGCUACGCCAACCCCACCUCCACUGCCCCCCCAUCACCCAUGUCUCCACACACCAUCACACAAGACUAACCCAAAUACUCACAUCUAGACUAACACAUAAUAUGAUUCUCCCAGUGCCACUGUAAAAACCGACACACAUACACAUACAGGUUCACAACCUUCAACCUCAACACACAACAAGACUCCUCUAUCCCAAGUCCUCACUCUGUAUUCUGAACUGGACAUUGUGUUUUUGAUAAGUGGUGACCAGAACCUGAACCAGCAGCUGCCUCAUCUCCCCCUCCCACCAUCUCACCCGCCUGCUUCCUCCUCCCAGCCAGGCCUUCAUCUGCGAUACAAAGAAGGAGCGUGGAAAACAUGAAUUCAAGCAUAGAGGUUUGGGGAGGCGGGUGCUAGAAAGAGGGGGAGGCCAUGGGCAGAAUGAGGGUGAGGCAGGGAUGUGGGUAUAAGGGUAAGAGGGCAUGGGGCAGGUGAGGGUGGAGCAGAGGGGUGGGGAUUGGGGUUUGGGUAGGGUAAAGAGGGCAACACUCUGGGUUUGUGGUCGUUUCAAGUUGGGUUAGACCAGUGAAGAUGGGCAUGCUUUACAUUAUUCAUCUGAUUUAUCUCCAUUUAAAUUUUUUUUAGGUUCAUUUUGUUUUCUGCACUUCAGACACAAGACGUGGAUGUAUGAUACCAUUAGAUUUUACCAGGGUUUCACUACUUUCAAUCACUACAUUUUAUCUGUGGGUUUGUGUUUGUGUGUGUGUGGAUACCUCUGCAGUACAUGUGUGUGCGCAAGUGUGUGCGUGAGAGUGAGCGCGUGCAUGUGCGUGUGCCUGCUCGUAUGUAUGAGUGUGUUUGCAAGUGAGUGUGUAUAUGUGUGUAUGUGCGUGAUCAAGAUUGCAGAUACAGUACUUUUUAUUUCGUUUUAUUUUCAUUACCGCUCUCCUGUUUCGUACCAUUGACUGUUUUCAUUUUGUCAUCAAUUUUUAAGACACGAUCAUUUCUCCUCCCCUCACUGUGGUAUUUGCUAUGAUAUUCAUUUUUACAUAAACCAUCUGCUUUUUUUUCUUCUUUUUUUUUUGUUCUGAACCAGCGCAAUCCAAAGGAAAUGUUGUAUCCCAGGCUUUGAUAGUAGGUCUGUUCACUGCAGAUCAGCUGUGCAAGCUUUACAUUGAGUCUCCUUUUAUUAUUUGAUCCUUACUGGGAGCACAAGGCGUUUCAAUAAAAUUUCAAUGAUAAUAAACAUAAAAACUUGAUACAAGGUUCGGGUCAUUUUUGUUCCUUUAACCUUUGCACUUUUGAGGAGUUGUUAAGGGCAUGGAGGUAAGUGUAAGCUGCAAUAAAUAGUUUCUGACCAGAAGAUGGCGAAAAGAGCACAUUACAGACACAUCUAAAAUUAGAAUUAGUUGAGGGAACCUCUGUGAUUAUUGGGUAAGAAUGAAUCAUAAAAGGCAGUAGUUCACAGUAGCAAAGUGCUAUAAUAGAUUAGUUUGGUGUUUGUAGGGAGGAGUUGUUUGGGUAAGACAGGGUCCACCCCACCGAGGACUAUUGCUCCUCUUUGAUAAGAAACGUGGUUAAAACUGACACAUACAUUUAUCUUCCACUGUGUUCUCUUCUUGUACAUCACAGCUGAUAACUAUAGCAUGACUCCACCUCGACCUCAUCUACGGUGGCCUUGAAAUUCAAACCACAAUUUAGCCUAAAUAAACACAGCAGAACUGAUAUACAAAAUCAUCUCACAAUUCACAAAAACAUUUCAGGUUAUAGUUACAAUAAGACAACACUUAUUGUUUGCUGUGAUGUUAGGGAAAGGCCGCUGGAGACCCAGGAAAUUAUUCUCUACGUAAGCGGUGUAACAUGUAUGUACGUCCAUGGAGGGCAAUCACAGGUCCUCAACAUGCCUGCGGUUUGCAUCGUUUACGAUUGCUCAACUCGAUCAAACCGAGAAAUCACGAGAGGCUUUUGUUAAAUACCGAAAGCUGUUGUUGUUGUUGUUGUUGUUGUUGUUAAGGAGGACAGACAAGAAACCGACAAAAACGACGUUCAAACAUGGAUUCCAACCGCAGGUGAAAGUGAGAAGCGGAGUCGGUUAGGCCUCGUCCAUGCAGUCAUGACCUCCUCAAAGGCUGCCACUGUGCUUUAACAUUGUGUCUGUUGACUGGGCUCCUACAAUUAGCCUUGGUUAUCAGAGAGGUCAGCUCAUGUCGGAUACACUGUUUCUAGGAGAGGAUGAAGUCCAGAGAUAUUCAACAAAGACAAACAGAUGGUGCAGAGGUCUUGCUGGAGCUCCAUGAGUCAGCCCAGAACCCAGAGCCAGAGAACAUCACUGAGAAUUUACGUGAUAUAAGUUUGCAAACAUGAGGCACAAGCCAGAGAGAAUGAGUCUGAAGCUGAUGGGUCUGGAGCAUGAGGACUUCCCCUGGGUGCAAAGUGGUCCUUGCCUGCAUUCCUGGUGGCCAUAAAUAAGAAUCUUGUCUGAUGGGAUUGACACUCGAGACGUGUGAGAUAAACAUAUCCUAAGCUUCACUAAAAACAAGCUAAAAUAUUCUCAGUGUAUAAAUUCUUAAUUUCACUUUAAUUUAAAGACAGAAAGCAUUUAAAGCCUGCAUACUUGUUCACUGGUUUCUCCAUUAGGUGUUGUUUUUUAACUGAUAUGUUCCAACAGCCAAGCCUGCAGUCUUCAUCAGAAAUAUUGCUGACGCUUCCUGUCAGCUGAUUUAUGUGGUAACAGGUAGCACAACUAUGUCCACAUAAAUCAGCCGACAGGAAGCUUCAGCAGCACCUCUGAAGACUGUCGGCUUGGCAGUCGAAACAUGUCUGGUAAGGAGCCAUUAUAUUACUUGUGACUCAUGACUGUAUCUUCAUUUUUGCAUAACUGCUUUGAAAAAUUCUGAAAAACAUCCAGUAUUCAAUAUUUUACUCUUUUGUUAAGAUUACACACUUUUUGUAUUUUUAUGUUCAUGAGAGGCUGAAAUGAUACAUCUUUAGUAGUCUAAUAUAUUUGGAUAUUAGAUUUAAUUAAAUUACACUUUUUUAUUAUACCCCUUGCUCCUGACUCUCUGACAGACCCCUACCGCCACAAUCACUGUGAGGCCCUUUACUGCUCCAGGUCCUGGCAACAAACAGGAUUUGAUCCCUUAUACUUUGCACAGUAAGCCACCUUACGGUCUCUGCCAAUCCCACUGCACCACCAGUCCACCUCACAUUUGGAGUAACUUUCAGAGUGCUUUUCAGUCUUCACUUUGGGUGUUUGACUUCAAAAUAAUUACUGCACCUGGUUGGAUUCAAACCUGCAACCUUCACAUUGCUAGGCAAACAUCUAUCAGCCUGAGCUAUUCAGUCAGAUGCUUGUUAGCUUUUUCUUCUAGCCUUUGAGUGUUUGAAAUUGCUCUUGGAAAUUAAAAUUUACUACACCUGGUUAGGCUUGAACCCGCAACGUUCACAUUCCUAACCAAGCAUCUAUCAGCCUAAGCUAUUCAGUCUGAUGCUUGAUAACUUUUCCUUCUAGCCUUUGAGUGUUUGUAAUUGGUCUUGGACUUCAAAAUUUACUGCACUUGGUAAGACUCAAACCUGCAACCUUCACAUCACCAAGCAAGCAUCUAUUAGCCUAAACUAUUCAGUCAGAUGCUUGGUUGCUUUUUCUUCUAGCAUUUGAGUGGUUGCAUUUGGUUCUAGGACUUAAAAAACAAUCAUUGCACCAGGCAAGAAUUGAACCCACAAUCUCCAGACUACUAAGCAGACAUCUUAUCAGUCUUAGCUAUUUAGUCAGAUGUUUGCUGGCUAUUUCUUCAAGGCUUUGACUGUUUGCAUUUGUCCUUAACUCUGUAUCCAAGUUUUUGACUUCAAAAUUCAAUUGUGAACGCACAACCUCUAAACUGAAGAAUAACAUUAUUAAAAACUGUAUAUAUGAUUCAAAGACAAUCAGAAAACAAUAGCAUGUUUUUUCUGUUUUUUUUUUUUUUUUUUUUUAGAAAUAUUCAUUUUAUUUUGCAUAUUUCUUUUAAAUGUGAUGUAUGGCUUGGUUUAUGACUACUAAGGUGGCACCACAGCACCGAGAGACUCCAGUAUUAUCGCUAAAGCAUCUGUCUCUAUUCUGCAGCGGGGGGUGGGGUGGGGGAAGAAAACAAAGAAACAACUCUGACCAGUACAAUGGGUUAGAGAAGGAGCUUGGUCCUUACACUGGCUGUAUACUGCAUCGCUCUAUUUCUCUGUCACUCACACACACACAGAAACAGACACCAAAUACACUCACACAUAUUCAGCAACAACAUAUACUUCUUGACACCUACACCCAAAUACAUUUACUUGAUAUGUAUCGACAGCUAUGUAAUUUAAGUAUCAUAAAACCAAAUCCAGACUCUUGCUCCAAAAGUUACAGGUGAAAAAAUCCUAAUGAAGCAACUGCAGGAAUGUUAUGUGAUGACUUGUGUUUUAAGUGUUAACAAAGUCUGUCUCUGAGUAAUGUUCUAGCAGUAGCAAUAUAAAAACAAUAUACCAGUGUUGUCUACCUUACUCAUGCUUAUCCCUCAUCAUCAUAAUUGCAUAUUCUGAUAAACUGUGAUUAUCACCUUGUAGUAACUUGACAGCGCUAGAUAAACGGAACAAAAGGGAAUACAAUAACCAUUUUGUUCAUUUGAGAUGAGAGACUAAUAAAAAUGACAAACUGAACCAGG